AUGCAUAAACCACACCUCUUGAUAAACGUAGUUGGACCACCCAUAUGCAAAUCUACAACCCACACUGCCAAAAAUGUGGACAAAAAUGAGGACAGCGCCAGAUGGUCUGAUGGGAAUCACUAUCGACUGACUGUCUCAAACCUGGAUACAGAGAGCAAACUGAGUGUGUACUACAAGUCCCCCUGGCACCUGCAGAGAAAUAUAUUCCUGCCCUCCACCCGGCCACCAUGUGUGGAAGAGCUGCACCGCCAUGCCAAGCAGAGUCUCCGCACCAUGCGCAGAGAACAGAGGAUCCGAGCUGAUAACAGAGAAAGACGGUUUGCAGGUACUGCAUUUGUGGCUCCACCGUUCCCUAUACUCCCACCAGCUCACAGUCUGAAGAGGCGAGAAACAAAGGAAAGGCACCAUGUACCAUUUAACAGAACCCGUCCGCCCUCCCCCACUGAGUGUUGCCACUUGACCCCAUGGAGUAGAAAGGCUCAGCCACCUCAGGAGGAAGAAGAUAUUCUUUUAGGACAAAGGCCGAAAAACCCAAUACCCAAUGUCCCUUCUACACUGGAUAAACAAACCAAUUGGAACAAGGACCUACCGCUUCCAACACCUGAGGAGAAAAUGAAACAAGAGUCACAAGUGAUUACUUCUUGCAUUAUUCCCAUAAAUGUCACAGGCGUUGGCUUUGACAGAGAGGCUAGCAUACGCUGCUCCCUAGUUCACUCACAGUCUGUACUGCAGCGAAGACGAAAAUUGAGGCGAAGAAAAACUAUAUCAGGAAUUCCAAGAAGAGUUCAACAAGAAAUAGAUUCAGAUGAAUCCCCUGUGGCGAGAGAGCGUAAUGUUAUAGUUCACACCAACCCUGACCUCAGCAGCUCUGCAAAUAGGAGAUCUGGGACAAGGGAUACAGAGUGCCAAACAGAAGAAAUACUUAUUGCAGCGCCAUCAAGAAGACGAAUUAGAGCUCAGAGGGGGCAAAGCAUAGCAGCAUCAUUAUCACAUUCUGCUGGAAAUAUUGCAGCUCUGACAGAAAGUGGAGAUAAAAUGUUCACCACUGCUGUGUCAAACCGCAUUCGUUCAAGAAGUCUUCCUAGAGAGGGUGCUAGAGCAAGCAAUGAUCACAAUCACAGCGUUAAAUGUUAUGAAGAUGACUGCUAUAUACCCAGCUCAGAAAGGAUGCUUAAGAAAGAUCAAGACAAUUUUAUAAACCAAUGUUCUCCAGAACACCAACCUUUAGGUUUAAGUUACUCCAAGCAUCACCAUAGCCCUCCAUUAAACUUAAAUGAGAGAGGGAGAUCAAGGUUAUCAAGAAUGGCAGAUUCAGGUAGCUGUGACAUUUCCUCAAAUUCAGACACUUUUGGAAGCCCUGUUCACUCUAUCUCUACAGCUGGUGUGUUGUUGAGUACACACAUAGAUCAAAAAGAUGACCACCAAUCAUCUAGUGGAAACUGGAGUGGGAGUAGCUCAACAUGCCCCUCUCAGACAUCAGAAACAAUACCUCCAGCUGCAUCUCCUCCUCUGACUGGGUCCUCACACUGUGACUCAGAGUUAUCACUGAAUACUGCCCCCAAUGCCAGUGAAGAUUCAAAUGCCUAUAUCAUAGAACAAUAUAGUGAUGACCAUCUUGACAGUGUAAGAGGUCAUAGAGCAAGCUCUUUCACAUCUACAGUCGCUGAUUUGCUUGAUGAUCCAAACAACAGCAACACAAGUGAUAGUGAAUGGAAUUAUCUGCAUCAUCACCAUGAUUCUUCAUGUCGGCAGGACUUUAGUCCACAGCACUUAAAGACAGAUGGGUUGGGUUGUCCAAGUUUUACCAGUAUGGGCACUUAUGAUAGCUUUCUUGAAAAACCUGCAUCUGAAAAAGCAGACACAGCCUCUCACUAUUCUGUGGACACUGAAGGAUAUUAUACCUCCAUGCAUUUUGACUGUGGUCUUAAUAAUAGUAGGAGUUAUAUUUGUAACUAUGCACCUACAGUGUCUCAGAGUGACCAAGAUACUGGUAUUUCUUCCAUCAAUGCAGACUGUGUUUGGCAGCAUUAUAUGGACCAGAGAGAACAAGAGAGGCAAAGCAUCUCAUUUAAAAAACCAAAGGCAAAGCCACCUCCACCAAAACGCAAUUCAUCUUUGAGAAAAACUGAUAACCAUACAGAUGGUUUUGAGAAGAAGGAACCAAAGAUACCAAGUGGGCAAGUACUUCACACUACCAGGGAAAUGAAGUUGCCUCUUGAAAUUUCAAAUACACCUUCAAGAGUGGAAAACUUUCCUCAACCAAAUCAACAGGAUGUACAUUGGGUCAAUCAAGAUGAAAAUGACUUAAAGAGCACUCCAUUUAACUCGGAUAUUCCAUCAUUCAAAGAUGAAAGUAGUGAACAGCCUCACUAUGCAGAUCUGUGGCUUCUCAAUGACUUGAAGUCAAGUGAUCCUUACAGAUCUUUAUCAAAUUCAAGCACUGCUACGGGUACUACAGUUAUAGAAUGCAUUAAAUCCCCAGAAAGUUCAGAAACCCAAAAUUCACAACCUGAAUCUAGAGCUACAUCUCCUUCUCUGCCUUCUGUAGAGAAUGAGUUCAAGUUGGCUUCUCCAGAAAAACUGGCUGGCUUAGCGUCACCUUCAAGUGGCUACUCCAGUCAAUCAGAAACGCCUACAUCAUCUUUUCCUACUCCUUUCUUUUCUGGGCCCUUAUCACCUAGUAAUAGCAGGAGAAAGCCAAAAGUUCCAGAAAGGAAGUCAUCUUUACAACACCCUUCUGCAAAAUUUGGUAGUGUAAUAACCAAGGAAUUAGAACUUCCAGCUAUACCUCCUACCCACCUUAACCUAAGUGCUCUUCAUGUGUUACAUAAACCAUCACCUUAUAGACCCCAGGUUCAUGUUUUUAGUAGUGCAGAGGAUCAGCUCAGUACAACUGCUCACCCAGCACUUGCCAUCACUCCCUCAGUGCUGAAAUCUGUACAUCUGAAAUCAGUCAAUAAACAGCACAAAGAGUACGCAAAUAAUGAAAAUAGCAGCAAUCUUCUUUGUACCCAAGAUCCCAUAAUAACAGUGGAUAGUUAUGGCUCUGAAAAAUCAAAGGUAACAACAAGAAAAUCAAUACUACGUCAGUUCUCAACUGAAGAAGCCAUUAUACCCUAUAUUGACGCCUCACCAGUUGACACAAAUACAUGUCUUUUUCCAAACAGUGCCCUAUUCACUGGAAAUGGCAUAUACAUUCAGGAACAUAUCACCCCAAUGGUUAGAUUUACUCAAGAAUCUGUACCUGACAAACACCAAAAACACAGGGUUGAUCAACUUUUACAAGAAACUCCUUUAAUGGUGCAACCAGAGAGCUUCACAAAAACGUUUCAAGAGUACUCAGUGAGUCAUACUAGCAAGCAAAGUUCUUAUGGUCAAGAGAGUGAUCAAAUAAAGAUGAAACAGGAACAUUGUGAUGAACCAUUAAGCAUAUAUGUUAUGGAUUGUACCACUAGAUCUGAUUUCCAAGACAAUGCUGCUGAGGGGGAUUUAAAACCCAGCAAUGAGCCUGAUCUUACCAACAAUGAUAAAGUGCCUGGAAAUAACCUCAGUUUUGAAUCAGAGAUCUCCACUGUAUAUUCACUCAGUGACGAAUGUCCAGAGCAGGAAUUUGAAACUGUAUCAGGUAUUCCAACCAAAAGUGCCUCUGAGGACAACAGUGCAGAAGAUACAUCGGACAACAUGGAUGAUGUCUCCUGGAAAGAAUCCUCUCAGAGUGAGGACUCCUUGAUUUCACCAAUGAGCGAGGAUUGCAUGGCGGACACUGAUGAUGUCUUUGUGUCACCCAACAAGCCCCGUACUACAGAAGAUCUUUUUGCAGUUAUUCACAGAUCCAAGAGAAAAGUGCUAGGAAGAAAAGACUCUGGAGAAGCCACUGUUAAAAGUAAAGCAAAAGCUUUAUCUGUGAGUACUCCGGCAGCACCAACAAGUUCACAAAGGUCUGCAUCUCUUAUCUACAGGAAUGCCAAAAAAUCCAAUACAUCAAAUGAGGAAUUUAAGUUGCUUCUACUGAAAAAGGGUAGCAGGUCAGAUACCAGUUACCGUAUGUCAGCUACGGAAAUAUUAAAAAGUCCUGUAACACCAAAGUCUCUUGGCGAUCUCUCAGUUGACUAUUCUCCUACUUCUGACGAGUCAAUACAGUUGUCACCUGGCAGUGAUGCAUUCUCCCCUCUUUCUCCGUGCUCUUCUCGGGUCAUAUCAGAGGGAUUCUCAUCAAAGAGUGGGACCAUGUCUGCUGCCUCCCGUGUAGGACGAUCUCGAGUGCCUCCUGCUGCAAGCAGUAGCCGAUACAGUGUCAGGUGCCGGCUCUACAAUGCGCCAAUGCAGGCCAUAUCAGAAGGAGAGACAGAAAACUCAGAUGGCAGCCCACAUGAUGACAGAUCCUCACAGAGCUCAACGUAGGAAUUACUUAUACAGAAUUAUGGUAUAAGAUAGACUGUAACAUUGCAUCUAAGAUGUGUAUGUGAGAUCAUUUUUGUGCCAGCUCACUGUAGACGGGAAGAAUAAUUCUUCAGAAAAAUUUGUUCCAGAAUCAUGCCCAAAUAUUCUUUGGAAGAAAAUAUGCUGUUGAUUUGAUAUUUUUUUAUCACCAAGAUGCUUCUCUUUAACAAAUGUCUCAUAAAAAUUGCUUGCCAUUAAUACUUGAUAAAAAUAUCUGGAUCAGAGUAAAAAAUAUAUCCUAAAAGGAUAUCAACCCAACAAAAAUUGCAGAGUGCAAAAAAGUAUUGGGAAAAGGACUAGGGGAAUAAUUGUGCAAUUAUUUGGUAUUUCCUUAAACUAAACUAAAACCUGCCUAUCUAUGAGUUUUCCUAUUUUAUUGUUUCUUUUACUUAUUAAUUAUAUAUUAGCUAUAUAUGGUAACAAUGCCACUUUGGGUGGGUAAAACAAAAACAUGAAAGCUAUAAUAUGGAAACAAUUCUUGUAGUAUUUGAAGUAUUUGAAACAUUACUUGCUUAAGUGCUUCCCUGGGACCUGAACAGAUGAAAAAAAGGAAAAAAAAAACUCUUGAAUAGGUAUUUUUGUACAUUAGAAAUUAAAAAAUAGAGCAAAAUUUCAAAGAAAUUUAAAAAAAACUUGUAAAUAAAAUAUUUUUGAUAAAUUGUAAAUAAGAAUAAAAAAAGUAAAUGUGGAUAUGUAGCCAAUGAAUAAGAGGCAUUACAAAAUCUAAAGAGUAUGCUUAACCCUCUCAGUGCUAAUCUACGUGUUGCAGCACUGAAAAAUCUUGAAAAGGAUAAAAAGAAAGGUAAUGAAGUAAUGUAUUCUGUGAAUACCGCUGUCAUGUUCUGUCACAGUAAUACAUGUCCAUUAUUGACAAAGAUUAUUAAGAGCCUCAAAUUUGUUUUUGUACAUUUUUAAAAUGAGCGAUGACUUGCUUUUUUAAGAUGUUACUAUGAAAAAAUGAAUUUGAAUAAACAUACGUUUUUUCUUUUGCAAAAUCACAUUUGUGCUGGACCAGCAAGCCAGAGAAAUGCUAAAUAGUUUAUGUUAUGAGGUGGUCUAUAAAAUAAUGGCUUAUGUAUUAACAUAUUUAUUGACCAUACUAUAAAAUAUGGCAAAGCUAUAAGGGAUACAGGUAGUAACAUUUAAGGUCUGAUAUUGAUGAACGGUAAUUUUGUUAACCUGCGUUAAUACUUUUUACACACACACACACAUCAUGGCUUUGCUCAUAAAAUAGGAAAAUAUUUGUAAAAAGUAUUUUGAAGGCCUGUAAAUGUAAUCUAAUAUUUUAUUCUCAAUACCUCUGAGCAGUUUUUGAAAGUGCCAUUAAAAAAAAGUAUCAACGUUGUGAUAAGCUUCAAAACAGCACAAAUAUGUUUAGAACAUAGACGCACAUUUAAUAAGUUAAAAAAAAAUAUAUAUGCUUAUAGAAUACACAGGAAAUCAAUUAGGCACCACAAUCUGCAAAUAUAUAUCUAUAUUAUAAUGUUGAUAAUAGAGUAUGCUCUUUAAAUAA